AGUGCAGCUCACCUGCAACAUUCAUAAACCUUCCAAGGGGUGAGAGGGGCAGUAGUAGAAGCUGCUCAUUCAACAUGAUGGCUGUUGGGCUCCCCUCUGGGGCUUUGCUCCUUGUUGUGCUGAUUGGAACCAGUUACAGCUACCCUGUAAAGAAAGGUGGGGAUCAAAGCUCCUCUGGUGGUGGUGACAGUACAAAUCCUGGUUAUGGCUAUCAACACCCUUCUGGAGGAUAUGUAUCUAUUUCUGGAUCCCAGCCUGCCUCAUAUCCAGCAGCUGCUGCUUACAGUUCUUCCUACUAUCCUGCUGCACCUGCACAAUACCCUGGUGGCUACCUUCCAGGGUCAGUGCAGCCAAGUUUACAACCUGGUGCACCUCAAGCCUACAGCUGGGAAGUUGACCCUGUCAAGCCUCUUCCUGUUGAGACCUCUUCAUCUCUUGGUGCGUCCAGUGGUCUUGGAGACGCUGAAUCCUUUGGUCCCAGCAGUGGGUUUAUACCAGGCCCUCCAACCUACCAGGGAGGUGAAUUGUCUCAUGUGGAGAAGACCUACGAGCAUGGCAACUCUGACUCUGAAACUGAAGAUCAAGGCAGUCCCCGUUUUCCAGGUGGCCCAGUACCUUUCCCUCUACCAGGCCCUUUCCCUCUGCCAGAUGGCUCUGCCCCCUCAGUGUCAGGCCUGUACCUUCCACCUGGUGGCCCAGGCUUUGGUUUUCCUUGGUAUCCUUAUUAUGACUACCAGUUCCUGACUGGCCAGUAUCCUCCAGGCACUGUCAGUCACUUCAGCACCAGUUAUGAGCAGGGAAGAGACCACUACCAUGACAAUCACUACAUCAGAGACUUGCCCAUCAUCCCCGGUCAUCCACAAGUCCCAGUCUAUCCCCCAGUUCAGCAGCAUCAGCAGCAGCAGCUGCAGUAGUUUGGGAAUGUUUAUGGCUGUAGUGGAGCCCAAAUGAGACCAGAACAAAGUUCCCUCAGCCAUAUACAGUGACCUAUUAUGUUAAUGAAAACAGAACCCUGAACGCUUUAAUGUUUUGCUUUGUCUUUUGCUGGAAUGCAAAGUAAAUUGAUGCAGACAUAUUGUGUGCCUUCAAUAAAAUCUAUUUAAACCUA